AUUCAAACAGUGCAUGUAUGUUUUACACACCUCGUCUGAAUACAAUAGAUGAACAGAUAAGAACCGUGUCAAGGAAAAUAACUUGGAUUUCAGAAUAACACAAAUCACCGUACUUUUCUAGGUUUGGGAUUGAAACAAGUUGCUCUAACAGUUUCAGCAACGAUUUAGUAGGUGACUUUUAUUGUGAAAGUGUCCGGAAAGAGAUGUAUUCACCGCUAUCUAUGAAGCUACAUGGACAUUUCUCACACUGCUCUCAGGAACUACGCUGCUACGGAUUUAAAAGUGAACUUGUGAAAGAAAAAUGAUUUGUAUUCUACUGGUAGCCGGGCACGGCACUGUCUUAGAAACACACAUCAAGAAUGAUGACACAGGCCUGUACAGCCACCUGACUGGAAUACCAAAGGCUCUUCUUCCUGGCAUUGGGGGAAGAAAGAUUCUUGACUUUUGGUGGGAAACUGUCAACAUGCGACAGUUGUUCACAGAAGUCUAUCUGGUCACCAAUGCUGACAAGUAUAAGCAUUACGAGCGGUGGGCUACCGCUAAUGACUUUCCUGUGGAAAACGUGGUGAACGAUGGUAGCACGACGCUAGAAAACCGCCUCGGAGCCGUGGCUGACUUGGAGCUAGUCAUACGCAGUCGCAAAUUGGAGGAUGACAUCAUGGUGAUUGCAGGCGACAUGCUGUGUGCUGACCUCAACUUUGAUAUCGCUCAGGUUAUCCGCUUCUUCAGGUCAAAGCCUGGAGAGCUAAUAAUUUACUAUGAGCUGGAGGAGAGUGAGAAGAGCAGCUCUCGGGGCAUUGUGGAGGUCUGCCCUGAUACUCACAGAAUAACUCGCUUCUUGGAGAAACCCCAGGAGGAUGUGACAUCAUCGCGGCUGGCCAGCGUGGUCUUUUACUGCAUUAGGAGGGAGACAUUGCCCUGCCUGUCUGACUUUCUCCACCUGCAGCCUGAAGCCACAGACAAGACAUUUGGACAAUUCUGGGAGUGGUUGAUCAAUGAAAAACAGCUGGAUGUGUUUGGGAUGAAGCUGCCCACUGGAUUUCAGCUUAUUGGACAAGUGAGUCUGUCGGAUUAUACCAAGUGGCUCAGUCACUACUCCACCAAGCAGCAAAACAGUGCUGCUAAACCGAUCACGUGCAGGUCAUAUGCCAGGGUUGGAUUAAUGGGGAAUCCCUCGGACGGCUUUAACGGCAAAACCAUAGCCAUGACCAUCUCCAACUUCUGGGCGGAGGUGGUUCUAGUGGAGAGUCAGACUUUGGUUUUAGUCCCUCAUCCUCUCAACGAUCCGACAGAGUUUGGAAGCUUACAGGAUCUGUUCUGUAUCAAGGGUGUGUGUGUAUACCUGGGAGGUCUGAGGCUGCUGCAGGCCACCUGCAAAAAAUUCUACCAGUUCUGUUCCAAACAAGGCAUUGCUUUGACGAAGCAGAACUUCACUCUGAAAUAUGACACCAACAUUCCACGGCAAGUGGGCCUGGCUGGAAGCAGCGCCAUUGUCUCUGCCACCUUGAAGUGUCUCAUGAAGUUCUACAACAUCACAGAUAGCGACCUCCCUAAACCGGUCAGAGCCAACUUCAUCCUUAAUGUGGAAACAGAUGAACUCUUCAUCACUGCUGGACUGCAGGACAGAGUCGUUCAGGUCUAUGAAGGGUUAAUCUACAUGGAUUUUGACAAGAAGCUCAUGGAGGAGCAGGGCUACGGUCAUUAUGUUUCCAUGGACAUGACUGACCUUCCACUCUUCUGGUUGGCCUUCCUGAGUGACCCCAGUGACUCUGGACGCAUCCACAGCAACAUCAGACAGCGCUGGCUCAGUGGUGAUGCUGUGGUUGUUGAGGCCAUGAAGACAUUUGCUGAGCUUACCGACAAAGCCAGGGAGGCUCUGCAGAAGAGAGACUGGACCUGUCUUGCCCAGUUAAUGGACCAGAACUUUGAGCUGAGGAGGUCUGUCUACACUGAUGAGUGUCUUGGUCCUGGAAAUCUCAAAAUGGUUCAGCUGGCGAGGCAGUUUGGCUCAGCAGUGAAGUUACCAGGCAGUGGUGGAGCUGUGGUGGGCCUUUGUCUAGACCACAACAGACUGGUGGAGAUGAGGCAGGCUUUCCAAGAGGCUGGCUGUGUCUUCUGUCUCAUCACACCUUACAACCCAUCUGCCAGAACAGUCGGAGGGCCGAACUGAGCCCAAAUCUCCCCACGCCACAGGCUGACCACUCGAGGACACUUCACAGUUAUCAGGGGGUUAUGUCAAUGUGGCUGCUCAGUGAGCCAGAGAAUGUCCAUCCAGUGUGUCAUAUGGUUAAUUGGGGAGAGAAGAAUAAGAAGAAGACAAAAGGGAAGAGAAGUAUUAAUCCUGAGGUAAUAAGCUACAAAAAAGAUGACGAAGAAAUCAAACUCUCUGAAGCCUUUCUUUAAUUUACCAGACUGAAGAUAAAGGGAUGAAGGCACGAAUUGAUGACUGAUUUAAAAAAAAAAAACAAU